AUGGAUAGCGAAAUAUCAAUGCCAAAAAGUUUGAGCAGUGAGGCGGCGACGGGGGUGGCGGUUAUUCUAAGUGCAAUUGGAUUUUGUGGCUUUACGUUCAAUCUACUCGUGGUAAUAAUCAUUAUCAGUGAUUCCCAUCAUCUCUGGACACCGGUAAACGUUAUACUUUGGAACUUGGCGUUCGGUGAUUUUUUGGUUGCACUCCUCGGCAACCCCCUUGCCCUCGUGUCAGCGGUGAAAGGCGGUUGGUAUUGGAGCCACAGCACGUGCCUAUGGUAUGCCUGGAUCAUGUCUACACUGGGCUUCGCCAGCAUCGGAAAUCUCACGAUGAUGGCACUCGAGAGAUAUCUGUUCGUGGUCAGACCAAUGUUCAGUGUGAGCAUCAAAACUGCUAUGGUACUGAGUGGCAUCGUGUGGGUGUACGCUGUCAGUCUCAGUUUGCCACCCUUCUUCGGAUGGGGCAGUUACGGAUAUGAGCCGGGUAAUGUAUCAUGCAGUGUCUCCUGGGAGGUGCACAAUCCGGCAACGCACAGUGAUACAUACAUUGCAUUCCUAUUUUUUUUCGGAAUGAUUGUACCUGUUAUUUUGAUAUCGGCUAGUUACUUCGGCAUUAUUUCGACACUGAAGAAAGUUAAAAAACGCACAGGUGGUACACGAAGACGUGAAGUAAAAGUGACGAAAAUGGUUGCACUAAUGAUUACAGCAUUUCUCAUUGCCUGGACACCGUACGCAAUACUAGCGCUAGCAGCUCAAUAUUUCUACUUCCAGCCAUCACCUCUCCUCGGUGUAUUACCAAGUCUACUUGCUAAAUCAUCGAUAUGUUAUAAUCCAAUUAUUUACGCCGGUUUGAAUGCCCAGUUUUCCCAGUCGGUGAAAAAAUUACUGGGUAUCAAGGAGGUCAGGGGCAGCAGGAGUAAGGCAGCCAUGAGCAGUCAAACGACUGGUAUCGUUUUGACAACCAGAAUCGAGAGAAAUUGA